UCCCCAAUUCUUUCUCAUAUGCCGAGAUAGACAAAGAAAAAAGCAGUUAUCACGGCUUGGACAAUGUUGCUAGCAAACAACACGAGCUAUCUGAUGCUAACAAUGUAGCCAACGCUAAUCUGAAUGACAGACGAGGCUCUGUUUGAAUUUCUCCAUAUGGAGAUCGUGUCCCAUGUUUACAAGGAGCAGCAAUCAAGUAAAGGAGAGAUGGACAACAAGGACAGAGCUGUCUGUGUUUCUGUCCUGGAAGGCAUGGGCUUCAGGGUGGGACAAGGACUCAUUGAGAGGUUGACCAGAGACUCUCCCAGCUUUAAGGAUGAGUUGGAUAUAAUGAAGUUCGUCUGCAAAGACUUCUGGACAAAGGUGUUCAGGAGGCAGGUUGACAACCUUCGAACAAACCAUCAGGGUACCUAUGUUCUACAGGACAACAAGUUUACUCUGUUGACUCAGCUCUCCAGUGGAAAACAGUACCUGGAUCAGGCUCCUAAGUAUCUUGCAUUUUCAUGUGGCAUGGUGAGAGGAGCUCUGUCUAACUUGGGUCUGGACAGCGUGGUGACAGCUGAGGUCUCCGUCAUGCCAUCCUGUAAGUUCCAGGUGGUGAUCCAGAAGUUGUGACCUGAUCCUCUUUGCUACCCUGGUGCUGAUGAACAGGGCCUUGUGGGGGUAGGAGGAUAGCAGUUCCAUUCCUCCCACUGAGCAGUCCAACCACAGAGGGAAUCAAUCACCACCCUGAUUUCUUCAGGUGGGGCAAAUAGGACUUACCAGGUUGUGCUGAUAACCCGGUACCCCAGCGCAAACAGUUUUAGCCAGAGCUUACCUUACUUGUGGUACUCUGAUACACAACAAGAUUUGUUGGAUUCAUUUUGUAUCUUGAUUUUGACAGAGGUUAUUUCCCACUUGAGCUAAACAAUGUGUGAUGUUCUCAACUUUAGUUCUUAGUAAAUAAGUGGAACCCGGCCCUGACUUACCUCUUUUGGCCGAGCUUUGAAAAGAAAUAUUGACUGUCAGUGGCUGUGAAUACAAUAAUGUGAAUGUGAAUGUAUUGUUAAUGACAAGGUAAUUUAAUAUUCUCUGUAAUGUGUUGCAAUGUUGAGUCAGACAAAGUGCUUACUAUUAAGAAAUGAAAAAGAAAAAAAGAGAACGAUCAGCAGAAUUUAGGAUAAGACAUCACUAUGGAUAAUAAUUGCAGACUAUCAACUGUCGUACCAUUUCUUUAACAUCCAUCCAAAUAACUGCUAGUGAGCCUUUUAUCACACCUGACACUGUCUCUCUGCACCCAGCACCUGGUGCUUUGCUCUGCCUUGUAGCAGAUUGCCUUUAGGAGCUGGGUGUUUCUUUUAUGCUGGUAGUCAUUUACAUUUCAGUUCAGUUUCAGGUAAAAUUUAAAUCCAGCAUGAGUCAUUGGCACAGCCAUUUCAGUUUAAUUAUAUUAUAUUAUUAGAUGUGAUAACAGUUUUCCAAGCCCAGCUUUUCUACAAAUGAAAGUGGAAUGAAGGCUACUUAAUAAGCAUCACUCUCUUCCUCUGUGGUGAUGUCGUAUUUCAGAGCUGACCACUCAAAUUAGGUUUACAGGUUAUGAUUUUUUUUGUACCAAGAUGUACAUUUUUGUUCUUUGUACAGCAUUGAUAUGUUAACGUAUAAUAUUAAGAUUUUCCUAGUAUACAAUAAGCUGCAAAUGUGACUGAGUUGGGUUGUAAGGCUUUGAAAUUAGUUUACAUGGAUUUCUUACAUUUAUUAAUAACACCUUGCUUUGUAUCUCCUCAGAUAUGAGAAUUAUUAUUAUUAUUUAUUUUAUGUUGUCAACUUAACAUUUUGUCCAAAUGGAACAAUAAUGUUGUGACAAGAAUAGUGCAACAACAACACCUGUUGACCAUGAUGAAUACUAUAAAGAAAUUCCUCUCUGGUUGAUGUAGUUGCUUUUUUGUGCCACUAGAGGGACAUAUAGAUCUGUUAUUAUUUUCAUGUAUGUUGCUUUACCAAUUUACCCAUUUACCAUUUUGCUAAGUUGUGUCCAGUUUCUCCUUCUCUGUUUUCUCUUGUUGUCUCAAAUCUCUACUUUAUCCUUUUGAUUUACUGCCAUUGUUUGUGUGGCAGAGAGAACAACCCAUAGUUGAACAAACCUGACUUUGCAGUGCCAUGAAACUAAGAUCAUGUUGUAAUAUGAAAAAAUGAUGCCAAAAUUCAAAACUUGUCCAUGUGUUCGCACAGGACUGUAAAGAACAAAAUGCAAAUUCUCAAAGAGAACCGUCUAGUAAUAAGGUUCUUAUGUAAAAUGAUGUUACCUUUUCUGUUUUUAAUCAUUCCUAUGCAUAACAACACAUUUCACAGAGAGCACUAGCAACAUCAGUUCAAUCUCCUAUCAUCCAUCAUCCCCGCUUAAAUUAUUAAUAUUCCUUGGUAUGGAGCUUGGUAUUAAGAGGUAUGUGAGUGUACUGCGCUUCUGAGAUAUUCAGUUCUGUCCCAACAGGCUAAAGUAUUACUUUUACAUUUACAAGAAAAUCAUGGUCAGUCUUAGGUCUAAGUGAGCAUUGUGAAUGAGCUCAUUCACAGUAAGGUCAACCUAGUUCAGUGAAAUCCAUCAUCAGAUUUGGUACUAUAUAAUUAGGUAUUAACCAUCUGGAUUUUCAUUAUAGUUUUGUUAUGGCACUACACUGACAUUAUUGCCCUAGUUGAAUGAUUAUGGUGCUUUUAUUUUUUUGUCUCUGCUCUGAUAAAAGUAUCCCUGGCUGUAUUCCAGUACUCCACUGCCAUCAGUGUAAUAAUUUUACACAAUAAAGGUCUUUAC